UUGAAAUGAAACAUCCGGACACCGACAGCAAGCUGAGAAAGUGCAAGAUUGUCAACAUUGUUCUCGCUGUUGUCAUUGUCGUCCUCAUCUUGGUUAUUUGCAUUGCUAUACCGCUAGUCGCAAUGGACGAUGGCGACGACGACAAAAAAUCCAACACUACAGGAUUGACGGGUCGAACACUUCCGUUUGCAAGGGUAGUGCAACCGUGUAACCUCAGCUCCCUUGACGACGCGGAUGUCCAAGACGUGAUCAUCGUGGGCGGAGGUCCUGCGGGAACGUUUGUCGGCUAUCGUCUCAAAACAGAAAACACAUCACCACAAUACAAAGUUCUACUACUGGAAGCGACCAAUCGCAUUGGAGGACGACUGUAUUCUGUAGAUUUGCCGGGCAUCGACUUCAACGUUGCGGAACUGGGAGGAAUGCGAUACAUUCCGAGCUCUCAACCUUACGUUGAGGAAGUCAUAAAGGAAAUGAAUAUUCCCCACAAGCCGUUUCUAAUGGAUGAAGAAAACGAUGCCAGACCAUAUUUAUUUCGCGAUAUAUUUGUUCAGCAGAAAGAUUUGAAGACAGCAGGCAAAGCUGCUUACAGACUGAACAAGGAAGAAGAAGAUCUAACUCCUAGCGAAGUUGAAAGUUUGAUGUGGGAGGCUAUUGUACCACCAGAUCAAAGACAUCUGGAUCCAGAUGAAAGGAUGACAGUCGAUGGAUUUUCUCUUCUCCAUUACGGAACGGUGAAUACUUACAACUUAGCCAAUGUCAGUGAUGACGCACACAAUUAUGCCAUAGACGGAAAUGGAUAUUCGAUUGCCUAUAGUAACUACAACGCUGCUACCUCUGUCGGAGAGGGCAAUGCAACUUCUGGUGGUGCCAACUAUUAUAGAGCACCGACUGAUGGUAUGGCAACGAUACCAAUAAGACUAGCAGAAGAGUUUGAGAAGUCGGGCGGCAGAAUCAAGAAGAAUACAACUGUAACUGCCAUAGACGAGUGUGAGUUUCUAGACGGGCAAAAAGUGUAUCUACUGACAACCUACAACUACGAGACACUGGAGACGGUACAGUACAUUGCUCGUAAAGUUGUUUUGGCUAUGACGAGGUCUCAAUUGAAGAGAAUACAUUGGGAUGCAUUGUGGACAUCUCCAAAGAGGGAAUCAGUAGAUGCGGUAAUAAGUCAUCAAGCCACUAAAAUAUUUUUUGCGUUCGAAGAGCCAUGGUGGCGCAAAGAGAGUCUGCAAUACUUAAAUCUGACUCACGGCCGUUCCAUCUCUAGCCUUCCUAGUAGACAGACUUAUUACUUCACUGCACCAAAUCCAGCUGUCAGCAACCGCUCGUUCAUCAUGCUUUACAAUGACGGCCGGUUUGCUAGAUUUUGGAAAGCUUUGGCUUCUGACUCUUUCAACAAGUUUCGCACUUCUAAUUCGGCCAUAUUUCCUAUGACUGACACUCUGGUAAAGGAAGUAGUCAAAGAGUUGGCUCUCAACCACAACACAACAGAGGACGUCAUUGGUCAGCCAUACUUUGGAUGGAUUAUGGUGUGGGACAAUGAUCUGCUACCAAGAUACGUUGAAGGAUACGGUCCUUACAUGCCAAGUGAGUCAUGGGCUUUGUGGGCUCCCGGAUACGACUACACAGAAGAAACGACAAAGAUUAUUAAAUUGGACGAGAAUCAGAACAUCUUCAUAUGUGGAUCGGUUUACUCUCUUCAGCAGGGGUGGGUAGAAGGUGCACUCGAGCAUGCUGAUACAAUGCUCACAACUUAUUUCAACAUUCCAUCUUACUUAUCGCCGUCCGGGAUGCAGGCGAUGAAAAUGUCAUUUUAUGCCAAGAGAAGAGUUCCUUUCUAUCCGUAACGCUCGGAUGUCUCUGUCAUAGACAUACAGUCUCGCUGACUUGACUAGAACAAAGAACUGUAGAAGCUGGCUGUACUUCUAGAUUAGCUAAAGAGUUACACCUGCAUUUACGAACACAAGGAAAAAAUGACGCGUUUUCGUUCUGUAUUAGUACUAAGUUUGUUUGUCGUUCUGUUAGCCAAUUAACUAGCAGCUAGUAUAUCUAAGAUUUAGCAUUAGCAAUAGUUUGUCGUCUAUUAAUUAAAGUCAUCCUAAUGCUUGCAUU